AUGACCCAGGACCUGCCAGAGCACCAGUCAGGACGCUUCCUGGAUGGGCAGGCACAGGAAAUGCUCACGAGUCAGUGCCGAGAAAUCUGGGCAACGCCAGCAGCUGCCUGCUCGGACGACUGGAGGAAAUCCAAUUUGGAGAAGAGUGGACAAUCGAAGAAAAAUGACCUAGAAUUGAAAAGGAUUGUAUUUGUCAUCCAGAGCCAGCGUAGUUCUUUCCACGUGAAGAGAGCCGAGCGGCUAAAGGCGAGCAUCCUCACACAGGCGUCUGAGCUCAGCCAGGACUACCCCAGCGUUGCCCUUCUCCAUCAGCUGGGAAAGCUAGAAGGCGCAUGGACCAUUCUACCGCUGUUACCACACUUUUCUGUAACGUAUAGCAGAAAUUCAUCAUGGAUUUUCUUCUGUGAAGAAGAGACAAGAAUACAAAUUCCCAAACUCUUAGAAAUGCUCAGAAGAUAUGACCCAUCUAAGGAAUGGUUUCUGGGAAAGGCCCUACAUGACGAGGAAUCAACGAUAAUUCACCACUACGCCUUCUCAGAAAACCCGGCGGUGUUUAAAUACCCGGACUUCGCUGCCGGCUGGGCCCUCAGUCUCCCGCUGGUCAACAAGCUUGCCAAGAGAUUAAAGAGUGACUCCCUGAAAUCGGACUUUACCAUAGAUUUAAAACAUGAGAUUGCUCUCUACAUUUGGGACAGAGGUGAGGGGCCAGCCCUGACCCCAGUGCCUGAGCUGUGUACUGACGCCACGGGGCCCCGCUGCGCCACCACCUUCCACUCCUUCCUGCCGCUCUGUGGAAAUCCAGUGAAAAAGGAGGAUAUCUUUGUGGCUGUAAAAACGUGCAAGAAAUUCCACAGUGACAGAAUUCCCAUAGUAAAGCGGACCUGGGAAGCACAGGCCGGGCCCAUCGAGUACUACAGCGACCGCGCGGAAGACUCCAUUCCCACCGUGGAUCUGGGGAUCCCCAACACGGACAGAGGUCACUGUGGAAAGACGUUUGCCAUCUUGGGGAGGUUCCUGAAUCACAGCCGUGCCAGAGCCCCGUGGUUGGUCGUUGUGGACGAUGACACGCUGAUAAGCAUCUCCCGGCUCCGGCACCUCCUCAGCUGCUAUGACGCCCGUGAACCCGUGUUUCUGGGCGAGCGCUAUGGCUACGGCCUGGGCACCGGUGGCUACAGCUACAUCACAGGAGGAGGCGGAAUGGUGUUCAGCCGAGAGGCCGUCCGGAGGCUCCUGGCCAGCCAGUGCCGGUGCUACAGCGAUGACGCGCCCGACGACAUGGUGCUGGGCAUGUGCUUCAGCGGCCUGGGCGUCCCGGCCACUCACAGCCCGCUCUUCCACCAGGCCCGGCCAGUGGACUACCCCCGGGACUACCUGGCUCACCAGGUCCCCAUCUCAUUCCACAAGCACUGGAACGUGGAUCCGGUGGAGGUGUACUUCACGUGGCUGGCACCCCGAGACCAGGGCGGAGCUGGGCAGGAGGCGGGUGCCCACUUUAAAGAGGAGCUGUGA